AAACAUCUAUCUUAGGCAUAGAGUUCCUCAUCAUCACAAAAACAAAACACAAAGAUCGACAUGGCUUCCAAGUCAAUGCUUCUUGUUGCCUUACUUGUCGGCUCUCUAGCUUUCACUUCAUUUGCUAGUGUCGCUAAUAGGAAGCUUAAGAAUGGUCUUGAGGAUCAAAAGACUUUCUUCCACCAUCCAGGCGGUGGUCUUGGUGGAGGCGGUGGCUUUGGAGGAGGAGGCGGUCUUGGCGGAGGAGCUGGUGGCGGUUUAGGCGGAGGAGCUGGAGGCGGCGGCGGUUUAGGAGGAGGAGCUGGAGGCGGCGGCGGUUUAGGCGGAGGAGCUGGUGGUGGAGCUGGAGGAGGAUUGGGUGGAGGAGCUGGAGGUGGUGCUGGAGGCGGUGGUGGGCUUGGUGGAGGCGGUGGUGCCGGUGGAGGAUUUGGCGGUGGUGCUGGUGGAGGUGCUGGUGGUGGGUUUGGAGGCGGUGCUGGUGCUGGAGGUGGACUUGGAGGAGGAGCUGGAGGUGGGGCCGGUGGUGGUGGUGGAUUUGGAGGAGGAGCAGGUGGUGGUGCCGGUGGUGGAUUCGGAGGUGGAGCCGGUGCUGGUGGUGGUUUCGGCGGUGGACUUCCUUGAUGAGAGCUAUAAGUUUUAACGUUAAAGCAUGGAAUGCAAUGCAUGGCAAUACCAAAGUAUUAUGAAAAAAACAUUAAUAGAUAAAAUUUCACCUAAAGUUAUUCAUUCCAUGAUUUUGUGUUAUUAUGUUCUUGUUAUCGGGUUUUGAAGCAAUAAACGAAUUAGUGUUUAAAAUA